AUGUACUCGAAUAGUAUACCAGUGCUUCACAAACUUCAUUCUGUGGAUUUCUUUUACAAAGACAGUGUUGACUUAAAAAGUUCAAUGUGUGAAAAUAAUUUCGAAACAUAUUUUAAAUCAUUGAACUGUAAUCAGGAUGACUGUUUUCUUAUUGAAAACUCAACAAAAGGACAACAUAAAAGUUACCAUUGGAAAAAUGCAAGGGCUGGUACGUUAACAAGUUCCAGUUUUGGAACUAUUUGUAAGAAAAAACCUGAAACAAAACCUGAUAUCUUGUUGCGAUCCAUUAUGGGGUACAAUGACGAAUUUGAUACUGCAGCUACUAGAUGGGGCAGAAGCCAUGAACCAGCUGCCAAGCGUCUGUACCAAAGGCGUAUUCAAAUAACUCACCCCGGGCUGAAACUCUUUUCAUCUGGCCUUGUGGUAAAGCCAAGUCUACCACACUUGGGAUCAAGCCCAGAUGGAAUAGUAGACUGUUGUAAGAAAUGUGCUCACACCAAGGGGGUCUUAGAGAUAAAAUGCCCAUAUAAAUUUAGAAACUGUUCACCAGAAGAGGCCUGUAUAGACAAAAUAUUUUGUUGUUCAAUAGUGAAUGGCGAAGUAACCUUGAAAAAAAAAACUCAGCUACUAUUUCCAAGUUCAAGGUCAAAUGGCCUUAACAGAAAAAAAUGGUGUGAUUUUUUGUGUGGACUUUGA